CGAACCCUCACUCAUAUAUAUAGUCCCAGGUUUCCCCUGAAACUUUUGUUUCGACGGCACUAGACGCUUUGGGAGCGCUCCGGUCCUCAGCCCUACAAGCUUUCCUUGCAAGACGAGGCAAAAAUGCCAAAGCAAAUACACGAGAUCAAGGACUUCCUGCUGACUGCAAGAAGGAAGGAUGCACGGUCUGUUAAGAUCAAGAGAAGCAAGGAUGUGGUGAAGUUUAAAGUUCGCUGCUCCAAGUACCUUUACACACUUUGUGUGUUCGACACAGAGAAGGCUGUCAAGUUGAAGCAGUCCCUUCCUCCAGGUUUGAGUGUUCAGGACCUGUAAAGAAAGGCAGCAGUACUUCCGAGAUUUCUUAGGCGAGUGCCAUGAGAAGUUGAGAUAUUUUAUGGGUUUUGUUUUUGCUUUGAAUUGUUACACCUUGAUGUCACUACUGAAGCCUUUAGGUAACACAGAAACCUUUAAUUUUCUUUCUGCUUGAUUUGUAGACUGGACUUAGCGUUUAGUAUUUAAUUUAAUGAGUGACAUCAAUUGUAGGAGCCCAAUUUUCGUAUGAUCAUGUAUUCUUCAUACUGUAUAACUGGAAAAUUGGGGUUUCGCAAAUAUGUUUCCUCCAUGUUUUGUAUGUUUUUCGUUUCUUUUGAUAAUAGAGUUUAAUAUAUAUUUUCUAUA